GUUCUUUGCAAUGUUGCAAAAUAACAUCUCCCGCAGGAUGUGCUUGGAAGUGAAGAUAAAUAGAUGGAAUUGGCAAUCAUAUUGUGUAGUUCGAACUCUGCAGUAAAAAGGUUCCACUUGACAGCGGGCUGAUCAUCCUGUCGCCACGAUGCGUGGGCUCUACAAGAUUCUGCUUCUUUUUCUUCUGGCAUGCCAAGACCAAAACGUACUUGGAAGUAAAAUCAUAAAUGGGACAACUGCCGGCGAUGAUUUGAUGAAGUAUAUGGUAUCGGUGCAGGAAGACGAUGAACACAUAUGUGGAGGAUUCCUUGUCAGCAAACAUUUUGUUGUCACCCAUGGGGGUUGUAAAUUUGACAAAAAAGGAAAAGUAAUGGUUGUUCUCGGCACCUACGAUCUCAGCAAACCUGGCAAUAAAAGAAAAGAACAUAUUAUAUCCACAUGCAAACUCCCACCUGGAAUUGGGACUGACAUCAUGCUCAUUGAAAUAAAUUCCAAAAAACCAGAAGAUCUACCAGAAAAAAAUCAACUUCAAGACCCUGACAAGGAUUUAAAAGAAAAGUGCCAAGUAGCUGGAUGGGCUCCAGUGGAUAACAAUGACAUAGAUCAUGUUGAUCAGCUCCAUGUGGUGGAUGUGACUGUCAUCAGCCCGAAGGCUUGCAAAGUGCAGAUUCCUGGACUUCGUGCCAAUGCUAUCUGUACAGGUGGAGAACCGACAACAGACAAGGGAGGAUUUUGUAAGAGAGAUGCUGGUGGAACCCUCGUGUGCAAGGGUAAAGCUGUUGGAAUUGCGACUGUCAACGACAACUGUUCCUUCCCAGGUUUACCCAACGUCUACAUUAAUAUCUCAGAAUACCGUUCCUGGAUCAACCGCUGUAUUGAAGCGAAGAAAUGUUUGAAAGAAAUUUAACAAUAUUUCAAAAAGCUUUGCUUCAGCACAAUUGUAUUGUAUUUGGUAGGAAAGGAUGUGUCUUAGUCACUGAGUGUUUGCUCUUUAAUGCAAUGGCAACAUUAAAAAUAGAUAUUUAUUUAUUGAGCUGCUUAGUCAGAGAAGCAGGUCAGCCAAGACACUCAUACAAGGGGAUUAACAGAAUAUUUUUUUACAGAAGAAGUGUGUUAAAAACAAUGAAAUAAAUAAAUUAACUUGCGUUUUGGUUUUAACCUAACUAACAUAAAUAUUUUAUAACAAUAUAUAUAACAUGUUGAUGUUCUAUAUAGCUCAAUGAAGCUAUAUAACCUCAGCAAACCAUAGUGAAGGUCCUAUGACAUCGCUAAGAAGCUAUUCCAGGUUCGAAGAUAUGAAUGCCAUCCCUAUAAAUAAGAUAAUGUAAUAUAAAAGAUUAAAAAUGAAACAGUCCUACUAUUGGUAAAUCGAGUACAUUAUGAAGAAUGACCAUUCAGGAGAGAGAAAAGGUUGUGAAUGAUAGUAUUUGUAAUAUUAUAUGUUAUGUUAUUUAUUUAUUUCCUAUGUUCCUAAAAAAGGCAAAGGGCAGCCACUUGAAACGCUGUUUGCAUACGUGUCUGGCAUACAGCAGUAUACCAAGACGAUAAAACACGUUGUAUGACACUUUACUUGAAGAUAUGAGUCUGGUGUCUUCUGACAUCAACACUCAUAUCUGAGGUUGGAAACUGUGGUCACUGAGGUUCAGCUAGUUUGUCACACAAGUCAAAGAAAUGUUUGAUUAGGCUGUGUCACGUGAGGCACACAUGAACCAUGUCCUCAUUAAUUCAUCCAAAUAAUGAUGAAUAAAUAUGACCAUUUGAUAAAAAACAAAACCAAAUUCAAAA